GUCGUAACAGCAGCGUGUUAUGAAGAUGAGUGCGGCGUAUGGCCUGUUGCUCUCAGUUGCACUGACGAGCUUUUUACUGACUGGCACAUUUGGAGCUGAUAUCAUCAAUGGCAAAAAAGCCAAGAAGAACUCCAUGCUGUACAUGGCAUCAGUGCAGAUUAAUGGAAAACACAAAUGUGGAGGAUUCCUGAUCAACCCGAGCUAUGUGCUCACAGCCGCACACUGCGAUAAAAGUGGUAACAUGACUGUGAUCCUGGGCACCCACAACAUCAGUCCACAAGGAGCAAAUCUGAAAAGAUAUCCAGUGCAAAAUAGACAUAAGCACCCAUCCUACGAAACUCCCAAAACUGGGAAUGACAUCAUGCUUCUGAAGUUGUCCAAGAAGCUGAAAACCGGCAAAGGUGUGAAAACCAUCAAAAUACCGAGCAAAGCCAAACCCCUGAAGUCAAAGACCAAGUGCCAAGUUGCAGGAUGGGGUCAAACUGAAAAGGAAAAUGUGGUGAACGAUCUGCUGGUGACAGAUGUGUCACCUAUCAACUCCUCCACCUGCCAGACAAUGUGGAAAAAAUUGAAGGUGAAUCUUCCCCAAAACAUCCUGUGUGCUGGGGGUUACGAGACCAAAAGUGGCGCUUGUCAGGGUGAUUCGGGUGGACCGUUGGUGUGCAGUGGGACAGCAGUUGGAAUUGUUUCUUUCAACAUGGGACGCUGUGACUACCCAAAUGUUCCCAAUGUUUACACUGAAAUUUCUAAAUUCAGACACUGGAUCAAUGAGGUGAUCAAAGGAGGUGCUUGAUGCUAUGAAAAUGCAUUGUUUUGUUGUGCAGUAUGUCAAGCUCAGCUUUUAAGAUGUCUUGUAAAUGCUAGCUUUCAAACCUUUCAAUAAAAUGAAAAAAAGAGCA